UCUCUGUUUCUCUCUUUGCAGAGGAAGAAGGCGGAGACCUGGCCCAGGCGGGCCUCACCUUUCCCGGGCCAGCGGAGGAGGACCUAGACCGGCCGUACUCAUGGUCGCCCACGCCGCCCUUCGAUGAGGAGAGCUACUCCCCUCCCAGGAACAUGAAAGGGCUGUCGGCCAGCCGAAGCGCCGCCCCGCUGUGCUCCAGCCACACCUGCGGCCUGACGCCGCCUGCGGACUUGGAGCACAGCCACGGCCACCUGCACCAUGGGCCGGAGGCCAGGCCGCCCUACCUGCUCAGCCCCACGGACGGCUGCCCCCUGGAGCAUCACCGCUGCUCGCCGCGCAGCUCCAUCCACUCGGAGUGCGUGGUGAUGCCCGUGGCGCUGGGCGAGCACGUGUCCAGCAGCACAUUCCCCAGGAUGCACUACAGCUCGCACUACGACGCCAGGGACGCCUGCGCCGUGGCCCACACCAGCACCAAGGCCAACCGCAUCCCCGCCAACCUCCUGGACCAGUUCGAGAAGCAGCUGCCGCUGCACCGAGACGGCUUCCACACCCUGCAGUACCAGCGGACGUCGGCCGCGGCCGAGCAGCGCAGCGAGAGCCCCGGCAGGAUCCGGCACCUCGUGCACUCGGUGCAGAAGCUCUUCACCAAGUCGCACUCGCUGGAGGGCGCCUCCAAGAGCAGCAUCAACGGGAACAAGGGGGACGGCCGGGCGGACGACCACCACCACGGCCACCACUCCAAACACAGCAAGAGGGCCAAGAGCAAGGACCGCAAGGCUGAGGGCAAGCACAGGGCCGGCCUGAGCAGCUGGUGGAGCUCGGACGACAACCUGGACAGCGACAGCACGUACCGGACGCCCAGCGCGGCCGCCCGGCACCACGUGGACCGCAUGGCCCACUGCUAUCCCGAGGCACUGCCCGGCCCCUUCGGGGACCUGUCCCUCAAGACCUCCAAGAGCAGCAGUGACGUCAAGUGCUCGGCCUGCGAGGGCUUUGCCGGCACCCCUGAGGCCAAGUACAUGAAGCGCAGCUCCUGGUCCACGCUCACGGUGAGCCAGGCCAAGGAGGCCUCCCGCAAGAGCUCCCUGAACCUGGACCAGGCCCUGGCCCCCCAGGGCCUCAAGCCAGCCCUGCGGCCCUGCCACUACCUCCAGGUGCCUCAGGACGAGUGGGCCGGGUACCCGGCGGGCGGCAAGGACGAGGAGAUCCCGUGCCGCAGGAUGCGCAGCGGCAGCUACAUCAAAGCCAUGGGCGACGAGGAGAGCGGCGGCUCGGACUCCAGUCCCAAGACGUCGCCGACGGCGCGGGAGCCGCUGCUGAGGCCCGCGGGACCCCGGCCGCUGGGAGCCCUGCACACCCAGAGCUACCUGCAAGCUGCCAGCGACGUGCCUGUUGGCCACAGCCUGGACCCCUGUGCCAACCACAACUCCCCCAAGUUCCGCUCCAGGAACCAGAGCUACAUGCGGGCCGUCAGCACCCUGAGCCAGGCCAGCUGCGUGAGCCAGAUGAGCGAGGCCGAGGUGAAUGGGCAUCUGGAGUCGGUCUGUGAGUCAGUCUUCAGUGAGGUAGAGUCCCAGGCCAUGGACGCCCUCGACCUCCCCGGGUGUUUCCGCACCAGGAGCCACAGCUACCUGCGCGCCAUUCAAGCUGGCUACUCCCAGGACGAUGAGUGUGUCCCCGCACUCACGCCCUGCGACAUGACCUCAGCCGUCAGGCCCACCACAGCGGUCUCCUACCCAAACUACAAGAAAACACCCCCGCCCGUCCCUCCCCGGACCACCUCCAAGCCUCUCAUCUCAGUGGCAGCGCAGAGCAGCACCGAGUCCACGCAGGACGCCUACCAGGACAGCCGGGCCCAGCGGAUGGCCCCGUGGGCCCAGGACGGCCGCGGCCUCUACGGCUCCACGGACAGCCUGGACAGCAGUAAGGCCGUGAGUCUGGCUCUGGAGACGGCCGCAGCCCAGCGCCACGCGGACGGCCAGGGCGGCCCCUCACGGACCAGUGACAAAGGCGCGCUGGCAUCCAAGGCCGAGGACUUCCUCAAGAGCCGGCGCUCCUCCAUCGGCGUCCAGGAGUCUGAGUUCCCAGAGCCUCAGCCGUCCCCAAGGUCCGACGUGGAAACAGCUACGGACUCCGACACGGAGAGCCGCGGCCUGCGGGAAUUUCACUCUGUCGGGGUGCAAGUGGAAGACGACAAGCGGCACGGGCGGUUCAAGCGUUCCAACAGUGUCACGGCCGCCGUGCAGGCCGACCUGGAGCUGGAGGGCUUCGCCGGCCACACAGCUACGGAGGACAAGGGCCUGCAGUUCGGCUCCUCAUUCCAGCGGCGCUCAGAGCCCAGCACCCCGACACAGUACGGGGCGGUGCGGACGGUGCGGACACAGGGGCUCUUCAGCUACCGGGAGGACUACCGCACACAGGCGGACACGGCCAGCCUGCCCCCCGCCGACCCCUGGCUGGAGCCCUCGCUGGAGCCCGUGGACAGCGGGAGGAUGUCGCCCUGCCGCAGGGAUGGCUCCUGGUUCCUGAAGCUGCUGCACACGGAGACCAAGCGCAUGGAGGGCUGGCGCAAGGAGAUGGAGCGGGAAGCCGAGGAGAACGACCUCGCCGAGGAGAUUCUCGGUAAAAUCCGGAGCGCCGUGGGGAGUGCCCAGCUCCUCAUGUCCCAGAAGUUCCAGCAGUUUUAUUGGCUGUGCCAGCAGAACAUGGACCCCAGCGCCAUGCCGAGGCCUACGUCGCAGGACCUGGCCGGGUACUGGGACAUGCUGCAGCUGUCCAUCGAGGACGUCAGCAUGAAGUUCGACGAGCUGCACCGGCUGAAGCUCAACGACUGGAAGCUGGUGGAGUCGCCAGAGAGAAAGGAGGAGAGGAAGGUGCCCCCGCCGAUACCAAAGAAGCCCCCCAAGGGGAAAUUCCCCAUCGCCCGAGAGAAGUCUCUGGACCUGCCCGACAGGCAGCGCCAGGAGGCCCGAAGGCGGCUGCUGGCGGCCAAGCGCGCCGCGUCCUUCCGGCAGAACUCGGCGGCCGAGCGCGCGGACAGCAUAGAGAUCUACAUCCCGGAGGCGCAGACGCGGCUCUGAGCCCCGCUGCCCGCCGUGCCGGAGAGGCCGCGCUGUGGCCAGGAGCGCGGUGGGCGCCUCCCAGAGGGCGCGCGGCCCACGUUUUGUUACUUCUAUUUUUAUAAACCGCGCGCUAAUCAGCACCCUCACCACGGACAGGCGCGUCCCACGCUCGCCAGAGGCGGCAGAUGACCCCGGUGGCAGGUGCUACAGCCGCAGGCGCGGGCCGGAGCGGCCGGGAGCGGAGCGGGCCGCGCCUCGUGCCAGAGCGCCGCGUUUUCUACGGUUUGCAGCCCGCACUCCGGCGGGCGUUUACCUUCCGUCUCCCGCGGAGGCUGCGUUUUCCCGAACUGCGCGGCCGGCUGCCUCCAGGGCGCCCUUGGAAAGCUCGCUGGUUUCAGGCCCCUGAGCCGCCGCAGCCCCAGGAGCUCAGAGCUGCAGACACGUGGCAAAGGCUCUCGGUCUCGCCUGCGGUGCGGUGGGGAGGGGAGGGGAGCGCGCCGCGACGCCCGCAGUGGGACAGAGGACAGGAGUGCGUCCCCGGCCCCCAGGCUGAGGAACAGGCCGCGGGCGUCCGCGCACGGACCCUGCGCUUGCAGCCUGGCGCGCGGGUUCCACGCAGACGGCUUCCCCCGCGCGCGUUCCUGCGCGUCCGGAACUUGGUUUCUUCCCGGACCCUCGCACUUCCACGCCCUGGCCCCAGCCCUGCGCUCUCGGCCGGCCGCGGGAGCUGCUCAGGGAGGCUGGGCGCGGCUGUGCGCUCCGCCCCGCUCCUCCCAGGCCACCUCCCGAGCGCAAGCGCGGGGUGCCCUGGAGCGCAGCCGCGGGUAACGCAUGUUUAGCUUCAGAGUUUUACUUUUUUAAAGCUGAGUAGUUAAGAAUUCCCUGUAAGAACAGAACCCUGUAAAUUGAGCCUCGUAUCUGGUAUAUAUUUUACCAAACAGCCUUAAAACAUAUUUGGAAGCAAAAAUCAGUACGAAUGUAUGUCCUUGAAAAAUGCAAAAAAAGCCCUGAAAUAUUCUUCUAUGAAAUAAAUCCUGUUUCCCCAGUGUGGAACGCACUUUUCUACCCAAAUAAACACCUGGAGCCUGA